AUGUGGACUGAUGGAUGUUUUCCUUCCGUCAAUGAUCGCCGGCAGGAUGCGAUAAAGACCGCUUUGCUGCUUGGUGCUAUCGAUCGCGAAAUUGGCGGAAUUGCAAUCUCCGGGAAGCGAGGGACGGCGAAGACAGUGAUGGCCAGAGGGUGGGAAGAUGGUUUAGCCAGCAGACUACAAUAUGAUGCUGAUGGCAACGUUAUAACUCAAGUUGUUAGAUCUCCUUUCAUUCAGGAACAGACUGUUUUCCAGCCAGGACUACUCGCUGAAACUCACAGAGGUGUCCUAUAUGUUGAUGAGAUAAAUCUAUUGGAUGAAGGGAUUAGCAAUUUGCUGUUGAAUGUGUUGACAGAAGAAGUUAAUAUUGUGGAACGUGAAGGUAUACGUUUCCGCCAUCCAUGCAAACCACUUCUAAUUGCUACCUACAACCCAGAGGAAGGUGCUGUACGAGAACAUUUACUGGACAGAAUUGCAAUCAAUUUAAGGAAAGAGCAUCUGUCAAGAAAAGAUCAUGGAAUCAGGAAGGAGCUUGAAUGA